AAGAGAUGGCGCCGUCAUUUCGUUAGCAAAAAAAAAAAGGUCUUCAUCGCUCGGAGUCAGACUCGAGUGAGCAUCGAACUGCAUCGAAUCUGUCGCAUCAUUUCCCUCGUCCGCGGGAAAGCCGCACCGAUGAGUUCCUUGCAUCUAGCGAGUGGCUCUGAGAAGCCAGCGGACGUGGAGGGUCAGGCGCGUUUGUAUAGCAUGAAAUAUUGUCCGUUUUCUCAUAGGGUACGACUGGUGCUCGCACUGAAGAAUAUUCCUCACGAUAUAGUCAACAUCAACUUGCAGAACAAGCCAGAUUGGUAUCUCCAAGUUCAUCCGAAGGGGAAAGUGCCAGUUUACAUAGAUGCGGAUGGUACAAUGAUGACAGACUCGGUCGCAAUAGCGAACUAUCUAGAUCAGAAAUAUCCUGAGCCUCCUUUAUACAACAACGAGAUAAAAAGUCGUGACCUGGAGCUGUUAGAUCAUUAUUCCAAGGUCAUAGGUACCUUUUCGAAUUGUAUACAUGACAAGGACAAGAGGCAGUUCGAAGAGAUUCUGGCUGAAGUGAUGGACAAUCUACAAGAAUUCGAGGAGGAGCUCAAUACACGUAAAACACCUUUCUUCGGAGGCAGCAAUCCUGGCAUGUUGGAUAUGCUGAUGUGGCCCUGGUUUGAGCGCGCCAAGGCUCUGACUCUACUCUACAAACGAUGCACGAGUCUUGACAAAGAGAGAUUUCCUAAACUUAUGGAGUGGGUGGCGGAAAUGAAGGACCUGCCAUUUGUCGUGAAAAACAGAUGCUCGUACGAAGAGUUCGCGAAAGUCAUCGAAGCCUCAAGAGCUGGGAACAUCGAUUAUGACAAUAUCUAAAUGCAUUUACACAUAAAAUAUCGCAAGGAUAAAUGAUAUGCAGAACCGCUUCAAGUGAACAUAUUAACAUAAUGGCACUAACGUUCCAAUGGUACUAACAACUUCCAAUGAUACUGUGUAUCAUUCCUGUCUUAUUGUGAUUCGUGCAAUUUCUUAAAUUUAAUAAUUUUUCUAUUUUCUUUUCAAUAUCUUAUACCACGCUGCGUAGCGUACACUUCCAUUUUAUAAUUUAUUUGCUACUACGACAAUACAAUAGAGCUAUAUAUACUACAACUUAAGUGAAAUAUCUCAAUUAAAGUAUGAUUACUUUAGUAUCAAGUGUAAUUUUCAAUGUAAUACUCGGCAUAAUACUCAUUCCGCAUUUUAAUAUACACGAAGCGCUAACUGAGCACAUAUGAUGUACUUGCACUGUAUAAUUGUUGCAACUCUCUUAUAAUUAUAAAGUGUAAAUUAUCUCAUUUA